AAAACAAAAGCUAAAAAUCGAAAACCAUUUCAAAAAAGCGCGGGAAUCAUGUAGGGUUGAUGCUGUAGUAAUUUCGCUACAGUUUUCAAUCAUACGUGCUUCUAUAAUAGUGGUAAACAAUUUUAUGAACAAUUAUUUCUUUAUUACAUACGGCAAUGGAUAAUAUAUGGAAUAUUUUGGAGGAGGAAGCUAUUUUUGUUCCUCAAGAUUUAAAACUUAUUUUAAAAGCAACAAAGUAUGAUAGUUUUUUUGCUCUUGAACGAUUUACUCAAUCUGAUCAGAAGAAAAUUGAAAAAUUCAUGCAAACCACAUUACAUGAAAUAAUCAAAGAAGAUGAACGUGAAAAAUAUUAUGGAAUUUUUAAAAAUCAUCCGGAAAAAUUUAUAUUUGUCGGUGGUCUUGAACAAUCAAUAUUGGAAAUAAUUAAUGUUGUGAAGAAAAUUGCUAUAAAAAAUAAAAAAGCUAAAAAUCUUGUUUCUGUUAGUGCCUCGGGUUCAUCUACAACAACAGAAAAUAAUAUAAUUAAUUUAAAUACUGUAUUAGAGAGGAAUGUAAAUAAAUACAUUCAAGAAAAUUUUCCAGAUCAAGUAUUACCUCAAAUUUCAGCCACUGUUAUAGAAGAUGGUCUUGGUUCUCAUGUGGCUAUUUUACAAUGUCCAUUUCCAAAGUGUGAAAAAUUAACAAAAAUCUCAAGAAAUGGAACUAGAUGGAAUACAUCAAAUUUUUAUAAGCAUUUUAGUGUACAUUCUGUGAAACAAGAUGCUAAUAAAAGUUUAACUAUCACUGGUAUUGAUACAAUGUUCAUUAAUAAGGUACAAGAAAAAAGAAAUAAUGAAGAGGAAGUGGAUAUAAAACCUAAUUUUAAACGAAAAAAAGAUUCAGACACAUGUGAUUCUUAUUCAGAUGAUGAUGAUCAAAUUAAAAGCGAGGAAUUGAAAAGAAUUGAAAAUUUUAAUUCUUUUGAAUGGGUGACUUUUAAGAAUGAAUCAAUUCCCUGAUGAAGUGAGAAAACAAAAAUCUAUUUUUCUGAAUUAUUGACAAAAAUUAAGUAUUAAAAGGAGUGGAAAUGUAAAAUAAAUUGGUAGUAAUUUCUAUUUCCUAGAAUUGAUUUAUUGAUAAUAUUUUGAAAAACUGAUUGAAAUGAGUAAGAAAAGUGAAACAAAUGAGUAGCAAAUGUUUUGGAGAGAUAAAAGGGGGAAUGGAUGAGGAAAAAGGAGAAUUAGGUGGAUUUUGAAUGAGAAUAUUUAGGGCAAGAUGUGGAUGAAUGAUUUAGAAAUAAUAAGGAAAGAAAGAAUGAUUUGUGUAAUGUAAUAAAAGUGAUGGUUAAUGGAUGCGAAGUCAGAAUGGGCAAAAUGAAUUGGAAACGGAUUGUAAAGUUAAUUUAAGUUAAAUUAAAUUUGUAAAUUAAGAUUUCAAGAUUUUAAUAAAUAUUAAAUUUUUAUUAUUUAUUUUAAA